GCAGAGCCACAACCUCUGAGAAUCCAACUAGAAUUGUAGCUAAAGAAUAUAGUGAAGGGAACACUCAAGUAUGAACUCUGAAUGCAUUCACUUAUUUUUCUUCAGUUCCAGGGAGGCGUUUGGUCUUUGGGCCCAGUCCUAUGCGAUGCCUUGAUGACCAUGGAUGUCAUGCUGUGCACUGCCUCCAUUUUCAAUCUCUGUGCUAUCAGCGUGGAUCGGUUCAUUGCUGUCUCUGUUCCGCUGAACUACAAUCGACGACAGAUUGACCUGCGUCAACUGAUCCUCCUCUCCACCACUUGGAUCUUCGCUUUUGCUGUGGCAUCCCCAAUUAUCUUUGGCCUCAACAAUGUUCCAAACCGGGACCCAUCUUUCUGUCGUCUGGAGGAUCACAAUUAUAUUGUAUAUUCCUCCAUCUGUUCCUUCUUCAUUCCUUGUCCUGUCAUGCUGGUUCUCUACUGUGGCAUAUUCCAUGGACUUAGGCGCUGGGAAGAGGCUCGGAAAGCCAAGCUGAAGAGUAGCAUUUAUCUGGGCAAUAGGCAGGUAUACGGUCCACCACCUGUCAUUGAGAAGAGCCAGGAGGAUAUCAAGGCAGAGGAACUCAACCCCUGUGCCUGCUCCGAUUGCACUUUACCCAGGGAUUACAAGAACAAUGGCAUUCAAACUAUUUCCUAUCCACACAUCAAAUAUGCACCAAAUGGAGAACUCAGUAGGAAGCCAGCCAAAAUCAAUGGCAGGGAAAGGAAAGCCAUGAAGGUGCUUCCAGUUGUGGUUGGUGCCUUCCUUUUCUGUUGGACUCCUUUCUUUGUGGUGCACAUAACCAGAGCUCUCUGUGAGUCUUGUAUCAGGUCUGGCCAAGUAAUCAGCAUUGUCACAUGGCUGGGUUACGUCAAUAGUGCCCUCAACCCUAUCAUCUACACAAUCUUCAACACUGAAUUUAGGAAUUACUUCCGCAAAGUUUUGCACAUCUUCUGCUAA